AUGGCCACUCCCAAGCGGUUUCAGUCGCUAGUGCAGCUCCAGCAGCGAGAAGGAAGGAUAUUUGAGGUGCUAGCAAACCUCAGCAAGCUGCCCAGCUGGUGCCACUCUGAGUAUCUGGAGAGUCCCAAAGCUGUUCGCCUGGAGGCUUGGCUGGUGGAAGCAGUGUUUGGUACGGAUGGUGAGCACAUCCCGCACGUCGAGUGUGUGACCCACACUCUGCUUCGAGUGAAUCAGUGGGACCCUGAAGGCGAGGCUGAGAUCUUGAUAUUUGGUCGGCCUUAUUACCAACAGGAUGUAUCAGAGAUGAUCAAGCACCUGUCUGACCACUUCCACCAGCAGCUGGUGCAAAUCUUGGGCCUUACCCAGAGGGAAGACAGUACUUUUGUGGACAGGGUGUGUGGACACAGGUUUGGCUACCUCACACUACUCUUCUCUCACUCAGAGAAGGCGCUUGCUCAAGAGAUCAAGAACCAGCAGUCUCCAGUGGAAGUCCAUGAGGCUGCCAACCAGCAGUCGCCCAAAGUCUUAGGGCCCACCACCCAGCCGCUGCCUUCCAUGGAGGUCCCCGGGCCGGCCACCCAGCUUCCACCGCCCAUGGAGGUCCCGGAGUCUGGCUCACACAAGUUUCCUGAGGCUGUUCCUGAGGUAGAGACCCAGCAUUCUCCAGCGGAGGUCCAUGAGACAGGGAACAGUCUUUAG